GAUUGUUUCUGUCGGAGGAUUAGAAACACUCAGCUGUGUUUUCCUCUCGGCUGCCGGUCUUCUUCCCCUCCGACUCCUCUGUUAUUUGAGGACCUGAUUGAGGACCUGAUUGAGGACCUGAUUGAGGACCUGAUUGAGGACCAUGGGUCUGCGGGACGUCCUGUCGUCCAUCAGAGACCGAGUCGAUACGUUUCUGAAUGAGAAGAACAUGGUGACGGACUUCCUGGGGAAGUUGGAGGAGAAAACCGGGAUAAAGAAGAAGAUCAUCGUAGUCGGUGCCGUCUCGCUGACAGGACUCUACCUGGUCUACGGUUAUGGUGCCGCUCUCAUCUGCAACCUGAUCGGGUUUGUCUACCCAGCUUAUUAUUCAGUCAAAGCCAUCGAAAGUCCGAGCAAAGAAGACGACACCAAAUGGUUGACGUACUGGGUGGUGUACGGUGUCUUCAGCCUGGGAGAGUUCUUCUCCGACAUUUUCCUCUACUGGUUCCCCUUCUACUACGCCUUUAAGUGUCUCUUCCUGUUGUGGUGCAUGGCUCCGGUGUCGUGGAACGGCUCCCAGUUCAUCUACGACAAAGUGGUUCGGCCCAUCUUCCUCCGCCACGAGGCCAUGGUGGACAACAUGGUGAGCAACCUCGGCGGCAGAGCCAUGAACGCCGCUGAGAACCUCACCAGAGAAGUCCUGUGCCAUCUGGUGAAGAACAAAGCCCUCGUGACUCCGGGGCCGUCGGCCAAUCAGCAGGAAGCUAUAAGUUUACCGAGUUCCUCGGCGGCUCGAGUCGCUCCUUCAGAGCCGAGCGAAGAAGAAGAACGUCCGCAUUUCCUAGGUUGACCGAUACGUCCUUCAGAUAGCAGCGGAGGAAGAGGAGGAGCCUCCGGGAGGAAGAGGAGGAGCCUCCAGGAGGAAGAGGAGUAGAAGACUAGCCUCUUCACCGUCACAGCGAGAAGAAUCCCUCCUGCUGUCAAAGAGACUAAUGUCCCUUAUCACAUCAGAUACCUUAUAUUUAUUUAUACACCAGUCUCAGACAGACUCUGAUGUUACAAACAUGUUUCCUUAUUGUUUUCAUGUUAUUUAUUCAUAGACUAUUUAUUAAUGAGUUCUGUGCUCAGUGGGAUGUUUUGGUUUUAGAUGUGAAGCAC